UUAAAACAGAUUAAGCAAUAGAAAGAUCUCUAAAAAUGGCGGGAGUUCAGUGUGCUCAUUUAGCAGCCCUAAUUUCGAUUUUGAUAAACAUUGUCUAUGGAGUGCAAUGUCCAUCUGAAUGCCGAUGCUCCUUGGACGACACAGGACGAAAAAAAGUCGCAUGUCUUCAUGGAGGUUUGAGAAGCACCGCAUUCAUCAGCAACAUGGAUGUAAAUACACAAGUAUUAAUUAUUUCGGGGCAUCCAGAAAAACUGAACUACCUUAAUCUUGGUCCCAUAUUCAAAAAUCUUCGCGGGCUUGAAGAAAUCCAUAUCAUAUGGUCAGGAAUUCCAAACAUUGGAGCCCAUAGUUUCUGGGGGCUGAGUGAGGUAAAAGUGUUGAAUUUAACGCAUAAUUCUUUAUCUACUUUGAUGGAUUCCAACUUCAAAGGGUUAACAUCUUUGAAACAAUUAGAUUUAAGUCACAAUGGAAUUGAGUCCGUGCCAUCGGCAGUUUUUCGGUUUGUUCGACACUUGACUUACCUGAAUUUAUCACAUAACAAAAUUUUCAGUUUGGUAACGCGAAUUUUUUUCGGCCUAACCAGGUUGGACGACUUGGAUCUCUCCAACAACCCAAUAGGGCACCUACAGCCAGAAUUAUUCAGUGACGUGCCAGUAUUGAAGAAACUUUUGUGUGCAUCUUGUGGUUUACGGAACAUAAGUGAUGGUAUUUUCAGCAGACUCACUGAGGUAACGCACUUGGAUAUAAGAAAUAACUUUUUGGUUAAGCUUCCAAAACGAGUGUCAAUUUUAAAUAAUCUUGAGAAACUAAUGCUCGAUGGCAACCAAAUACCAGUACUUGAAGACCGCUCUUUCUCUGGGUCCACACUAACAUCACUGUCUUUGAGUUAUAACAAAAUAUCUUUUGUAGAACCAAAGACGUUUCACAAUUCAUCCGUAACUCGUAUAGAUCUGUCAUACAAUCAGCUGGUGACUCUUCAAACCGAAGGAUUCAACGAAGUUUUGCCGCAGCUUCUCGAGCUCAAACUAAAUGGAAAUCCCUUAAUUGGUCCACAACUGAAUCUUCUCUUCGAAAACACGAAACAGUUGACGCAUUUGGGUUUAGGAGAAGUUGGUCUCACGAGAAUUCCUGACAUAGCACGAGCGCCAAACCUGCGUAGCCUGAAUUUUUCGUCAAAUUUAAUAUCAAACCUGCCAGAGUUUCUGUUUUUUGCAACACCUAACUUAAACGAGUUAGAUGUGUCUUUCAACCAACUUGAAGAAGUUCACGAACAAGUAUUAAGUAGAAUAAGUAUGUCUAAGACCCUGAGAGUGAUCAGGCUAGAAGGCAACCCCUGGAAAUGCGACAGAUGCCACAUCGUCCCCAUGCUCAAGUGGUUACAAGAAUCCCCCGACCAAGAGUCUGGGUGUUCAGAACCUCAGGUUUGGAGUUGCGUCAAGUGUGCUACCCCUCCCGCAGUGGCGAACCAUCCCCUAGCCCUUCUACCUGCUGGGGAUUUGCCGAAAUGUUUGCUCGAUAUCACCACAACUACAGAGGUUAACGCAGGAAUGGUAGGUGGUGUUUCUGUAAAGAGGUACCACAGUCUAUCUCCACAUGCGGCUAGUAAUGGUUCCAAUGUCGAUUAUAUCGACAAACUGGAUGAACUGAAAGUUGCUCCGUCAUUAGCCGACAAAUCUGUUUUUCCCGCAAACAAAAUAACGAAGUCUGAUAAGAUCAAACACAAUAACAAUGACGAUGUUGUUGUUGAACGCAAGGUGUCUUUGCCGUUGUUGGUAACUUUGCUUUCUGUUUUCUUCAUCUCGUUGGUUGUGUUGAUCAUGUUGUGCGGUGCUCGUAGGAAUAGCAAGAGGCUCAUGAACGUAAACCACAACGUCGAGCAACGAAGAGAAAAUUCGAGAAUCUGGAAAGUUUUUCAGAGAAAAGGCAGCGACCAGCAAGGGGAGGAUAAGAAAGAAAUGGAAACAGGUUCGGGAUUAGAACCCUCUUACCAACCCAGAAGAGGAUCAGAACUUUCUUCUCCGUCAAAAAAGGGAUCAGAGUCCCACACCCCACCGAAAGGGAAGGUGGAUGGGGCGCGAGAAGUUACGGAACAAAUGACCGAAUUAAAACUCGACAAAGACUUGAGUGAAAGUUUUUUAAAAGCGUCGUUUGCCACCAUUAGAGAAACGGAGCUUUUGUAACAUUGCAAUAUAUCUUCCUCGCACAUUCUAUGCGUGUGGAUCUUAUUAUAUCGUAUGGGAUACAUUUUUAUAUCUCUUUAAAGUGAAGUUUGUGUCUAUAAAAUUAAGUUUGAGCUUCUGUCAACAUAAAAAAGGAUAUAAUCCGAAAAAAGUAGGGCAAACGUGAGAUUUGUUCGAAUGCGUGCACCCUAAUAUAAUUACUCGUUAAAUUGGAUGCAGUUAUACUUUUAAUUGUACCUCUUCAGGGUAAUUUGAUGAACUUAUACU